GCCGUCGUCUGACUCCUCCCUCCGUAGUAGUAGACUUUCUUUUCCCCCAAUCCCUCCCCUCUUCCGUCCUAUACGGUUUCCCAGGUCUCGCGAUUUAGGGCUUCCUUCCCUAUCGAUCUCGCAGAAGAAGCAGAACACAAGAUGUGGGCAGCCUCGUGCCUCGCCUCUUGCUGCGCCGCCUGCGCCUGCGAGGCGUGCCGGUCGGUCGUCGGAGGAAUCAGCCGCCGCUCCGCCCGCAUCGCCUACUGCGGCCUCUUUGCCCUCUCCCUCGUCGUCUCCUGGGUCCUCCGCGAGGUCGCCGCUCCCCUUAUGGAGUCCCUCCCUUGGAUUAAUCACUUCCGUAAGACGCCCGAUAGGGAGUGGUUUGAGACCGACGCUGUGCUUCGUGUCAGCCUGGGGAAUUUCUUGUUCUUUACUCUCUUGGCUGUUCUAAUGAUUGGAAUCAAGGAUCAGAAGGAUCCGCGUGACCGGCUGCACCAUGGUGGUUGGAUGGCCAAGAUUGUUUGCUGGUGCAUCGUGGUGUUUCUCAUGUUCUUUGUCCCCAAUGGAAUUGUCAGCUUUUAUGAGACAAUAUCAAAGUUCGGUUCAGGAUUAUUUCUUCUCGUUCAGGUUGUACUCUUGCUGGAUUUCGUACAUGCAUGGAAUGAAAACUGGGUUUCAAAAGAUGAGCAAUUUUGGUAUAUGGCUUUGUUAAUUGUCUCGCUGGUUUGCUACGUUGCAACAUUCUCCUUUACAGGGCUGCUGUUUCACUGGUUUACUCCAUCAGGACAUGAUUGCGGACUUAACACCUUUUUCAUCGUUCUGACAUUGAUUUUUGUUUUUGUUUUUGCUGUCGUCGCAUUGCAUCCAAAGGUAAAUGGCAGCUUGUUGCCAGCAUCAGUUAUUUCCCUUUACUGCACCUACCUCUGCUAUAGUGGUAUUUCUAGUGAACCAAGGGAUUAUGAGUGCAAUGGUCUCCACAACCAUUCAAAAGCUGUUUCAACUGGGAGUCUUACACUGGGCUUGCUUACUACUGUGCUCUCUGUUGUAUACUCAGCUGUUCGUGCCGGCUCCUCGACAACUUUGAUCUCUCCCCCAAGUUCUCCUCGUGCUGGAUCGGAGAAGCCAUUGCUCCCAUUUGACAAGCUAGAGGAACAGGAAGACAAAAAGAAGGACGAGGCAAAGCCAGUCUCCUACUCAUAUGCCUUCUUCCACCUCAUCUUCUCUCUCGCAAGCAUGUACUCAGCAAUGCUUCUGACUGGCUGGUCCACCUCGGUUGGCGGAAGUGGGAAGCUCGUCGAUGUGGGGUGGCCCUCUGUGUGGGUCAGGAUCAUCACCGGGUGGGCAACAGCAUCUCUCUUCAUCUGGUCCCUUAUUGCGCCACAUAUCUUUCCUGAGAGGGAGUUCUGAUCUCACAACAGAACUUCAUGAGACCAAUUUCUAAAACUAAUGCAUCUACUUUGCUACUGUAUACACAUGCAUUACAUAUAUUGUCAGACAAUAUGCUGCAUGGAAAACUCUAAGAGCAUUUGUGAGGUUUGAGAUGUACAUAUGCUUAUUAUAAUUAAGCGGUUUAUGUAGCCUGAAGGAUUCAUGGAAAGAAGUUGUCUGCUAUCUGUA